CGGACGAGCGGUGUCUGUCAGGGUUUCUGCUCUACGCCCCCGACCACCGCCCCCUCCCCUGCGGUCGCGUCGUUUCCUUCUCUCGCCUGCUCUGAGAGGGGACAGGUGACGGCCUGGGCUCCGGGUAGCGGUUCAGCCUCGGGGCAUCUCCUCAGCUAACUCUGAGCUAGCUGCUGUCCUCGAGCGGGUCCGGGCCGGGGGAAGAUGGCGGCCGCGCCCCGCGGCGUCUGGGAGCAGCGGCGCCUGGGCUAUGGCUUGGGACCCCUCGCACGGUUGCUCAUCCUUGCGCAGGCGCUGCUGCUGCUGCUGCUGCCCGCUGCCUGGGCCGGCCUGUGCCCGGCGCCCUGUGCCUGCCGCCUUCCUCUGCUGGACUGCAGUCGCAGGAAGCUGCCCGCGCCCAGCUGGAGGGCACUGUGGGGCCCACUGCCCCCCGACAUCUCCGGCCUGGAUUUGAGCCAUAACCGGUUGUCUAACUGGAACAUCAGCUUGGAAUCACAAACAUUACGAGAAGUGAAAAUGAAUUACAAUGAGCUAACAGAAAUACCAUAUUUUGGAGAACCAACACCUAAUAUUACUCUACUUUCACUGGUCCAUAAUUUAAUUCCAGAAAUAAAUGCAGAAGCAUUCCAGCUUUACUCUGCUCUCGAGAGUUUAGACCUCAGUUCCAAUAUAAUAUCAGAAAUCAAGACAUCGUCAUUUCCUCAAAUGUCACUGAAAUACCUAAAUUUGAGUAAUAAUAGGAUAAGCACCUUGGAGGCUGGCUGCUUUGACAACUUAUCAGGUUCUUUAUUAGUGGUAAAAUUGAACCGGAACCGAAUUAGCAUGAUUCCACCUAAAGUCUUCAAGCUGCCUCAUCUCCAGUUCUUGGAACUGAAAAGAAACAGGAUUAAAAUUGUAGAAGGCCUUACCUUCCAAGGGCUUGAUUCCUUACGCUCAUUGAAAAUGCAGCGGAAUGGAAUUAGCAAACUCAAAGAUGGAGCAUUUUUUGGCUUGAAUAAUAUGGAAGAAUUAGAACUGGAACAUAACAACCUUACAGGAGUGAACAAGGGGUGGCUGUAUGGCUUGCGAAUGUUACAGCAACUGUAUAUGAGCCAGAAUGCUAUUGAAAAAAUCAGCCCUGAUGCAUGGGAGUUCUGCCAGAGACUGUCUGAACUGGAUUUGUCCUAUAACCAACUGACUCGCCUUGAUGAAUCUGCCUUUGUUGGUCUGAGCUUACUGGAGAGAUUGAAUUUAGGGGACAAUAGAGUCACUCACAUUGCUGACGGUGUAUUUAGGUUUCUUUCCAAUCUUCAGACAUUAGAUUUGAGAAAUAAUGAAAUUUCAUGGGCCAUAGAAGAUGCUAGUGAAGCCUUUUCUGGACUCAAAAGUCUCACUAAAUUAAUCUUGCAAGGGAACCGGAUUAAGUCAGUUACACAGAAAGCAUUCAUUGGCCUUGAAUCCCUUGAGUAUCUAGAUUUGAACAACAAUGCUAUAAUGUCUAUCCAAGAAAAUGCUUUUUCUCAGACUCACUUAAAGGAACUUGUUCUGAACACAAGCAGUUUGCUCUGCGAUUGUCAUCUGAAAUGGUUACUUCAGUGGCUGGUGGAUAACAACUUUCAUCAUUCUGUGAAUGUAAGCUGCGCACAUCCUGAGUGGUUAGCAGGGCAAAGCAUCUUGAAUGUGGACCUAAAAGACUUUGUCUGUGAUGAUUUCCUGAAGCCUCAGAUAAGAACACACCCUGAAAGCACAGUUGCACUGAGAGGUGUUAAUGUGACACUGAUGUGCAGUGCAGUGAGUAGCAGUGAUUCACCCAUGUCCACUGUAUGGCGCAAAGACAGUGAGAUCCUGUAUGACGUGGAUAUUGAGAAUUUUGUUCGUUAUCGGCAGCAGGAUGGAGAAGCUCUGGAAUAUACUAGUGUCUUGCGCCUCUUCAGUGUGAACUUCACAGAUGAAGGGAAAUAUCAGUGCAUUGUUACUAAUCACUUUGGUUCUAAUUAUUCUCAGAAAGCCAAAUUGACUGUAAAUGAGAUGCCGUCAUUUUUGAAAACUCCGAUGGAUCUGACUAUUCGCACUGGUGCCAUGGCGAGAUUAGAAUGUGCUGCAGAGGGGCACCCUACACCUCAGAUUUCCUGGCAGAAAGACGGUGGUACUGAUUUUCCUGCAGCCCGAGAAAGACGCAUGCAUGUCAUGCCUGAGGAUGAUGUCUUCUUCAUUGCCAAUGUGAAGAUAGAAGAUAUGGGAAUCUAUAGCUGCAUGGCACAGAACAUAGCAGGGGGCCUCUCAGCAAACGCCUCGCUCACAGUGUUAGAGACACCCUCAUUUAUUAGACCUCUGGAGGACAAGACCGUCACCCGAGGUGAGACCGCAGUAUUGCAGUGCAUCGCUGGAGGGAGUCCUGCUCCUCGCCUCAAUUGGACAAAGGAUGAUGGGCCACUUCUAGUAACAGAACGACACUUCUUUGCUGCAGCCAAUCAGCUUCUCAUCAUUGUAGAUGCUGGGCUAGAAGAUGCUGGAAAAUAUACCUGCCUUAUGUCUAACACUCUUGGGACAGAACGGGGACAUAUUUACUUAAAUGUCAUUUCAUCCCCCAAUUGUGACUCUUCUCAGAGUAGCAUUGGGCAUGAGGAUGAUGGUUGGACCACAGUGGGCAUUGUCAUCAUUGUUGUGGUCUGCUGUGUCGUGGGCACUUCUUUGAUCUGGGUCAUUGUUAUUUACCACAUGAGAAGGAAAAAUGAAGACUACAGUAUCACAAAUACAGAGGAGCUUAAUUUGCCUGCAGACAUUCCCAGCUAUUUGUCUUCCCAAGGAACAUUGUCUGAACCACAGGAAGGCUACAGCAACUCUGAGGCAGGCAGUCAUCAGCAACUUAUGCCUCCUGCCAACGGAUACAUACACAAAGGCACCGACGGUGGCACUGGUACCCGGGUGAUCUGUUCAGAUUGUUACGACAAUGCUAACAUCUACUCGAGGACCAGAGAGUACUGUCCAUACACCUAUAUUGCUGAGGAGGAUGUUUUAGAUCAGGCACUCUCCAGCCUCAUGGUCCAGAUGCCCAAGGAGACAUUUUUGUCACAUCCUCCCCAAGAUGCUGGUACUCUGGAGAAUCUGAUACCAUCAACGGAGAGAGAGCAGUCUGCCUUUCCCACCAACCAUGAGAGGAUGAGUGAGAACCUUCCCUUCUCACAGAGGAGCAGUGAAAUAUUUCCACGGCCUCUGUGGAACAUGAACAGAGAACUGGGCCUACGUCCCUUCCCCCAGCAGCCUGUCCUUGAGUCACCACAGCUGCCAGAGAGGGAUCCAAACUGUUCUUCACCUGGGUCGUGCCAUAGGUUACAUGACCAUGCUUUUGAUUUUAGUAGGACUCGGAACAUUCAAGAUGGUACUGAGGGCACAUGAAGCCUGUCCAGGAGGAAGUCUGAGCAGAGACUCAAGUUAGUUAAUUUACUACCUCAGAGUUGAGAAGAAAAGUCAGCGUUUGCCUUUCUCUUUGCUUCUUUACAUCUCACCACAUCAGCAUAGCCCUGAUGUUUGUUUGGGCUUACACCUGGCAAAGAGAACGUAGUGGCUGACAGAAGUGUACCGCAGAAGUGUGUACCAUGUUGAAAGUGCACAGCCCUGGCAGAAGACGAUACGGGCAGGUGUCCUUCCUGAUCCCCACAGGGAUGUGUCCAGGUGUGCACUACCUGUCAUGAAGAGUCAUUGCUGCUUAGUCUACUGGAUUGUUCCAGUCCUCAGAAUGGUCCUGAGAAAGCGUCUCUACUUUGAUAUUCUACUUGCCUUCCAAGCAAGGAGCAGAGAUAUCUUCUGAGCUUUCAUAAGUGUAACAAGGAUUCUCCAGUGGUGUCGAGCAGAGAAGAGUGGCUGAGGCUUUGAUAUUCAAGGUCUUCAGCUAAAAUCCAAGUCUCACCAACUGGUAGUACCAGAUCAAAGGCUUUUGUAUUCUUGUGGGUGUGAGUGAGUGUGUGUGUGUGUUUUGUGGGUUUUUGUCUCUAUAACUGGUGAUGUCAUUGUAAAUAUAUGUGCAUUUAUAAAUAAUUUUUCUACUUGACCUUGUGUGUUGGAUACAGUGUAAAUAUUUUUGAUAUGCCCAAAUUAUAUAUAAUGUCUGUCUGAUUACUGUAUGGGCAACAGCUUCUCAAGAUCACAGAUUUUACAUAACUUAGUGUAGUGAGAUCUGUAAACUCUGUUUAAAGUUCUAAAACUGUGUGUUACCAGGUGUAUGUUUAGAGGCAGAUACUUAGUGAUUGUGUGCUCAUAGACUCAGUCUUGGUAUAAUUACUGCUUGCUUCAUGCCUGAAGUUCUAUGCAUCUCGUAUUCGCCAUCUCUUUACAAGUGCCAGGUGAUAAUCUCGUUCCAGCAUAAGCGUCUUGUUCUUCCAGAGCCCAGCAGUGUUGUCACAGCCCUGUGAGCAUAGAAGAUGACUUAUUUUGGGACUGCCUUCUUUCAGCAAAAUACUUUGAGGACAAGGAAACCAAAGAUUGUUCCUUUUCAUGUUUACUUUGCUUUUAAUCUCCUUCAUGAAUGUAGCAUAUUAAAAAGGGAAGUGUGCUCUUGGGAGUAGAUCACACAGAAGUUCCUGUACUCUGUAGAUUUAGUGUGGUUCUUUCUUUAUACAAAUAUUAUUUAAUCCAAACAGCUUUCUGAAUUUCUGAUAGCAAAAACCUUUAUGUAAACAAAGAAUGUUAACACUAAUGAAAUGUCACAUGCUUUCAGUCUGUCCUCGGAGUGUGAUACCAGCUUACUGCUCGAUGGCUCUCAGCUUGUCUAUUUAUAAGUAACUGUGUAUAUCUAGAGUUCCGAACUCACAGUUUUUAGCUUUUUGUCAGAAAGUUCAGAUGAAUUUCUGACAUUUCUUCCCAUGCUUUUUUUGAAACUUCAUUUUUCUUCCUUAGACAGCAGCACUGUUUACUUUUUAAACUUUCUCUUUUUAUUUAAACUAUCAUGUUUUCUUCAUUUCCACUUCAAACAUUUAAAAUGUAUAGUCUUCUCAUCCGUUUAGACUAUAUGCUCUCUUCUUUUUAGGCUGUAUUCCAAUUUUUUACUGGUCUGACUAGGAAUUAAGAGCCUGCUCUCUCGGCACUGCUCUUGCUAGCUGUCUGAUUUUUACUGAUGGAAAGAGACUGUUUACUAGCUGCUCUAAGCUGCUCUCCAGCUCCCUCCAGGAACCAAAGAGGAUAGUGCCACUUGAGUAAAGAGCUGCCUUUGAGAACUGUGAGCUAGAUGAAGGGUGAUGCUGCUCGCUCCAACUUGAGCUGAUGUUACGUUGCCAAUACAAGACUUAACAGUCUAAGACAUGCUCAGGGGAGGAACAAAAGUUGUUCUGCUUCUACACAGUGUCAGUAAACAAAAACUCACAUCUGAAUUGAAAAGUCGUCUUUAGUCCCGGAGCUACUGCUCACAGGAGGCUCAGGAUGGAGGUGUACAGCAGCUCAGUUAUAGCUGGCCAUCCCACUGCUGUGGUCAGAGUUCUGUGCUCUCACAGGGAGCGAGCCUAGGGUAGUCAGGGUGGAAAGCAGACCCUGACCUAGUCCUCUAGAAACACUGUGUCCAAAACAUCACCUCCAAACUCCAGCAGUGGCCCGUCUGCUGGGAUGUCAGAUUGAUCUCCUGAGGGUUGGUGAAAUGUUGAUCUGCCCUCCCAGAUCCCUGGCUUGCUUAAGUAACUGAUUAGGACCGGUUUACAGAUGAGAAGAGCCUGCCUUUGCUCCUAAAACAACAACAGCAGAUUCUUACCCUAGAGAACUUGGUUACACGUUUGACCAGGUGGUCUCUAUCCUCCUAGCCACAGGAUUAGUAUCUGCUUAGUUAACAAAGGAAUCUUCUCUGUGUUCACAGCUAAAAACAUGAAAUUAUGCCAUUAUUUUUCUGGAAAAAAAAAACCCAAAAACCAAAAAACUGACCCUAUACUUCUGACACAAAUGUCAUUGACAAAAAAUUUAAGUAUGUGUUGUAUUAUAAGUCUUUACUCUCUCUCUCUUUUUUUUUUUUAAGUACUCACUGGCCUUGAAUUCUCAAUCUCUUGUCUCUCUCUCAAAUGUGGAGACUCUAGAUAUGCCUGACUUGAUUAAUUUUUAUUCUUGCCUAUGGAGCCAGCUGGAGUGGGAUUGGUAUUACAGCGUUCAGUUUUAUGUUUUAUCAAAUGUGUGAGGAUGGCCUUUUCUCAUGAUUGGAUAUUCACUGACACACUAUAGGGGUAAGGAGUAGUAACAGGUAAGUGUGGCUGUUUUCCCCCAGUGCUGGGAUUCAACCUGCAGGUUUCUGAAGUGAGAUAUAUUCCAUCUUUGGGCCUUUCUUUACCCCCCACCCCUUUUUGGCAGUCCUAGGGAUUAAACCUAUAGCUUCCUGCAUACCAGGCAAGUGUUCUACCUCUGAGCUUCAGCCUCAACUGAACUGUUGUGUGCUGCAGAUUAAUAGGUGGUUAUAAAAUCAAUGGGGCCAUGAGUAGUUGAACUGUUUGUUUCUGUUAGAUCUCUUUCCCAGUCCAGUUUGGAGGUGUGCUUCCACCUACUUUGAGCUUUUUGUUGAACAUGGUUUAAAUAUAUAGCAGGUAGUCUAGAUUUUCUUUUUCUUUUAUUCCUUUUUGGACAUCUAUCUGGUUCACUGACAGAAGUACCAAGUUUCUAAGACAUGAGGAUGUAUUAGGAGCAUCUGAGACAUCUGAAAAUGCAAGAAUCACUUGCAGGUUUGUGAGGAGGUGGGAGGUGUCCUAGGAAUCAAGCCCAGGCAAGUGUUCUUGAGGUAGGUGUGCUGUAAGUUAAGGUUUGGAUCCUCUCCCUCUAGGCUGCACAUUGUUUCCUCCAAGUCCUGAUAAUCAGGGAGAAGAGCAUCUUGACUCAUCUGCGCCUGUCGUUGGAUGUGAAGUGAUCUUGUAGCAACUGUAACUGUUUUCAAAGAGGAGCUGAUCUUCAGGUGACCAAGUGCCCUUGAAGUAUCACCUGGCUACUGGAGAUGGCCUCUUCACCCUUGAGUGACUUAUACUCUCUGCUGCCCUCUCUUCUUUCGCCCACUAGAGGAUCUCAGGCUGAACAGCCCUGGUGUAAGGCAUCUCUAAAGAGAAAUACAAGCCAAGUUGUUCAGUGUGGCUAUUUCUUGGUAUCCUUUAUAUUUUCUCAUAUAAGAAUGUAUAUUUUAUAGAGCAUGUGUUUGUCCUGUCUACUGUAAUGUCAAUAAAGCUAAGACAUUAUGA